AUGGGGAAAACAGAAUGGCUGGCCUGUUCAGCUCUUGCUGCAAUCUUGGUUUAUGUAUUUCCACAAUACUUCAUUGUCGACCGGAUUUCGAGAUCAGCGAUUCGUUUUCUUCUAGUUGAUGUUUCAUUAUUCUCAUUUUGGCGCAUGUUCAUAUAUCCUUUUUUCUUUAGUCCUCUUCGUCAUCUACCUGGUCCAGUGUCAUAUAACUAUCUCUGGGGUAAUGGCACAGCACAAUUUACCAAACCACCUGGACAUGAAAUCAAAGAGUUCGUUAAAGAUGUACCAAAUGAUGGUUUAAUCCGUAUCCGAUCCUUUGGCAAUAUCGAAAGACUUAUUCCAACAUCUCCUCAAGUAUUGAAAAGUAUUCUAGCGGAUAAUUCAUACGAUUAUGAAAAACCAUAUGGUGUUCAGAAAUUCCUUUCCUUGAUCUUGGGUGAGGGGCCUAUCAUGUCAGAAGGUUCUCUUCAUAAGUUUCAACGCAAACAUCUACUUCCCGCUUUUCAAGUCAAACAUAUCAGAGGACUAUACCCAGUAUUCUGGUCUAAAGCUCUUGGUCUUGUCGAAGGUAUUUCUCAAGAAAUAAGCGAAACGAGUACAUUGGAAAAGAGAAAUGAAUCACACGUCGAAUUUAACGAAUGGGCUACUCGUGUUACAUUAGAUAUUAUUGGUGUGGCUGGUGUUGGUAGAGAUUUCGGUGCUCUUCGAAAUCCAGACGAUCCUCUCGUACGAGAUUACAACGAACUUCUCGAACCUACCUUUAGUAAAGGUAUUUACUUCGCAGCCAAUAUCUUCGGUCCCCAAGAUCUCAUUCAAAAACUGCCUUUCAGACAUAGCAAAGUAAUUGCUGAAACAACCGGGAACCUCCGAACCUUCUGUCGCGAAGUCAUCGAUAAAAAACGUCAAGCAGUAAGCGAGGGUAAAACAGUCGACGGAAUGGAUAUUCUCAGUAUUCUCGUCCGAUCCAACGAUUUCAGCAACGAAGAUCUGGAAGACCAACUCCUUACCUUCUUAGCCGCUGGUCACGAAACCACAUCCUCAGCACUCACAUGGGCCAUCUAUCUCCUCGCCAUCCAUCCCGAAUGGCAAACCAAACUCCGUCAAGAAAUUCACGCUGCGAUUCCUUCUCCCAGCGAUCCAAACUCCCCACAACCAGACCACACAAUCAUCGAUUCUCUCCCCAUCCUCAACGCCAUGAUUCAAGAAACUCUCCGUCUCUACCCCACCGUUCCUCUCUCCGUGCGCAAGACCACCCGCGCUACAAGCAUCUCCCUCCCCGACUCCGCACCCAUCUCCCUUCCCCUCGGAACACGCGUGCUCAUUUCUCCUCUCGCCAUCAACCGAUCUCCACUUCUCUGGGGCCCCAAAGCAGACGAAUGGUCUCCGGAGCGUUGGCUUCAAGACGGAUGUGCGAAUACUGGGGGGGCGGAGAGUAAUUUUGCGAAUAUGACGUUUUUUCAUGGGGAGAGGAGUUGUAUUGGGAGAGGGUUUGCGAUAAGUGAGUUUAAGUGUUUGUUGGCGGGGACGGUGGGGGGGUUGGAGUGGGAAAUGUGGGAUAAGGAGGAGGAGGUGAAGGUGGGUGGGGUGGUGACGACGAAGCCGGUUGGCGGGAUGAAUGUAAGGAUGAAGGUUGUGGGGUGGUAG